AGAAGUCAUACACGGACACUACUCUGGCUUGUGAUGGACUACUCUACCCAGUGCACAAAAUUGUGCUUUCAAUGUGCAGCAAGUAUUUUGAAGACAUCUUUGCUCAAACUCAAGGCCAGCAUCCAGUGAUCAUUUUAAAAGACAUCAAGAGGCAUGAACUAGAAUGCCUCCUGAAUUACAUGUACAUUGGAGAAGUAAAUGUUCCUCAGGAAAAGUUGUCUGGUUUGAUUAAAGCUGCAGAGUGUCUGCAAAUUAAGGGUUUGGCUGUGCCAGAUGAAGCACCGCCUCCAAAUAAAUCCAACAAAAACAUUGGAGAGAAAAGAGUCAGAGAUGACUCGCAUACCUCCGAGGCUAAGAAGAGAAAGCAAGAAGCCUUGAAUGAAAGGAGUCCAAGAACUAGCCUCACAUCCAGUCGACAGUCUACUCCCAGUAAGGAUCAGGAUGAUAGAAAUAAUGCAACUUCUCCUACCCAUAACAGGAAUAAAAUUGGUCACAGGAACCAACAAAGGAAUUUUGAAGCGUUUAGUGCCGGUGGAAGCACAAACAGUGCCAUCAAUGGAAGAGAUCCUCUGUCUUGCUCACCGGCUGGUGAACCACAUUGUUCCAGUAUGAAAGAAGAAAAUGAUCUGGAGGACGCUCUUGUGGAAGAGCAAUUGCCUGAGGCAGCAAUCAAGGAAGAACCAGUUUACCUUUCUGACUCAAAUUCUAAUGAUGAGCAUCAGAUGCUGCAGUCAGAUGAAGCAUCUGGACAAGAAAGUUCUCAGCUGCAGUUGAUGGAGCAGCUGCUUGGCCAGGACUCUGCACCUGAUUCACUGAAGGAGGACUUUGACUGUGUAGAGGACAGCACCGCCUCGGGAGACCUGCCUGGCUCCGUGAUGAAGAUCUCAAGCAACUCUCCUGCUCCGCCGCCACCGAGACCUGCCAAGCCAGCCUUAUCUGCCACCGAAAGAACUGACGCUCUUCCCCCCAACGAAGCCAUCUGGUCGGCCUGCUACCCACAUGUCGAUAUCGCUCCUGACCAUCAAAAAUCCUUCACUUUUCCACCGGCAGCGCUAGGCUCCGAUUCGCAAGGUCCUCGCGAUGCCUACCCGUACCCGUUGUUUGGUAGCGGCUUCUUCACAUCUCCUAGUAAAUCUUCUUCAUCGCAAGCGAGCGGAGCGAAGGCAAAAACAAUCCAUUGUCUUCACUGCACGUACACAACGUGGCGAACAAGCGACAUGAAGAAGCACGUUCGCAUCCACACCGGCGAGAAGCCCUUCGCAUGCUCGCAGUGCCCCUACCGCUCCUCCAACCCCAGCAACCUCAGAGCACACGAAGUUACAGUGCACCCCAAGCCACCAACUUCUUCCUAAUUCACAUCAAUGUUAAGCUUCAGGGUCAGGAAUAAUGGUCGUUUUGCGCGUGCAUUUUGUUGUUGCUGAAAGAAGCUGAAUGUGAUGUUGGACAGUUCCCUGCUUCAUAGCCAUGUGUGUUAGCUGGUUUCGUUUGCUUGAUCGCAACUUACCAAGCUUUGUCUUUUCAACAGUUCCUUAAGCCUCAGUGCUUGGGCUCCUUAAUUAAAAUAGACGUAGAAUAUUGCCUACAAUGUUCGAUACCCAAAAACUGACUUCGCCAUGAAAUUAAGUGUUUGAUGCUCCAGCGUUAGAGGCCGUCUACAAAAUAAAGUAACUGAGGCGGCCGAGCUGCCAAGUGCCAACUUACCAAGUCAUUGACUGGAGGCAUUUGUCCAGUCCGCUCUCGCGCACCAUUUAAUGGCUUUAAAACUGGAAGACUUCUUUACACAAAACAUUCUUGUUCAAAUUCAACUAAAAUAAAGGAAUAAAAUGACGGACAGCAAAAUAUAGGUAUCUAUCGACACGACUGAUUAAGGCAGCACCAACAAUAUGUGAGAGUACGACUUGCAUCCUUGCCUGUAGACAGCCGAUGCAGGAGCUGACACUCCAGACCUUGUCGAUCAGCAGGAUGCGUAACACCAACGACGACCUGCACACAAACCGACGCUGAGUAGCCUGGCUGUGUAUUGUUGGCAACGCCAUGCCUGGUGCUCGCAUCCUACAUAUUAAUAAUAUUGUUGUUUGCAAAUUACCUCAACAAUGUUAAGGUGAUUGUCAUGAAACAGGCGUGAGAAACGAGCGCCAUGACAACCGGUGAGAAAUUAUUAGAAUAGAAAGAACCAUAGAUGACGCUAAAAUAGACACAAGCUUUUUUUUCUCGUCGCCAUCUGUAGUGAGAGAGUAAAUUCUAUUCAUUGCGUUCCAAUAAUCGAAGAAGGCGUCAUUUCGUGCACUAUGUAUAGUACCGGUAGCAUUUACGUAGCAAUUGUACACGAGAUGGAAAGCUUAGGGGUGACCUCCAGUGGUAUGAUUCUCCAUCAUGUGUGUCGACACUUUUUUAGCACGCGUCCCAUGGUUUCGGAUAAUUAAUUCCUUAUAUUCAUGUAGUAUUUGUACAAUUAUGUUAACUGAGGCACGAGUGAAUUAAGAGCUGCAUGUUCUUCUCUGUAGGUGGGAGGCAUUUCGUCGUCUGCAAGCAUCCCCCUGCCACUUUACCAUCUCGAGUCUUUCCCUUCUU